CACCCCUCUAGUUGUGUCGCAUCUGCUGCCCAGCGCCCUGCACAUUCGGUCGGAGUGACAUCUAUGUCAUAGGACGGAGUGACAGAUUUGGAAGUGUCAACGAAUAAGGGUUAAACAAUAAGAUCUUUGAAGCGUGAGGUCGCGAUAUUGAAUUCGAUUUAUAUUUUUCGUUUGAUUUUGUUGAAUUUGUUAUUAUUUAACCUAUUAGUUAUCAUUAAGCGUUAAUUCAACUAUCAGAGUCGCAUGUGAGGUUAUCGAACGAAACUGGUCCGUCACCGCAGUUGUUAUUGACUAUAAGGUAAAUUUGCAAUUACUAAAUCUUGCGUUUUCUAAAGAAAAUUGUUCAAUUAGGCCAGCGAUAUUUUACCUUACACGAUCUUUGAUAACACUGAGCAGCGAGACGUUAAAUCAAUCAUUACACGCAUAAAACGUGAGUAAACAUACAGUUAACAACAUAACCAAAUUCCUAAUCAUGAGUCUGUAAUUGUAGGAAACUUUAACGUUACACGAAUAAAUACGUUAUAAAGUUCGUGACGCCUUUUGAUUCUGUUGCUACGACAACAUUUUAAAGUUUCGUUUUGCUCUAGUGAAAAAUGUCGCGUUUGUAUGAAGAUCAACACGAACACAGCUUAGAGCAAAGCUGCCUCCUAUGUGGACAACCGGACACUAGCCAAAUGGUGAGCUGCGACGAAUGCCGAAAAUGGUUUCACUUCGCUUGUGUCGGCGUGACUGAAGCUAUUGCUGAUUACGAAUGGAGUUGUCAGAGAUGUCAUAAUGCCAGAAACUCUGUUCAAGCGAUGGCCACGGCCGCCACUACAUCAAUAAGCAAUAUGCUGCCACCCGUCAGUGCAGUAUCGCAACCAGCAGUUUCUUCAGUGGUUCACAACCCGCAAGGAGUUUUCAAUGCAGCUUCCUCAAUGCCUACUAGCUUAUCGCUAAAUCAAGCUUUGCUGCUCCCGUCAUCAUCGGGUGGUGGCCACGUCGAUCCAACACGCACCUAUACAAGUUUCGUAUCAAUUCCAUUGAACGAUCCGUUGACGACAACCGCACCUUCGACACUGCCACUGUACGCUGCGCCUGCUCCACCACCACAAACAAUGAAUUCCACAUCCGAUUCGCUACUUCGUCAGAACCUUGUCUCUCAGCUACCAUCGGAACUGCAGCUCCGGUUCUUAGAGGAAGAGCAGGCUCUCGAAAUGAAGCAUCUUCUACAGAGGUACCAGCUAUUAGUCGACCGAACACCUCCUCCGAUUACCAGCAUUUUUCCAACGGCGACGCAAACCGGCGGUGCAGUGACCUCCGCUGAACAGUGUCGUCUAUUCUCAGCUCAUCAACCACGGAUGGCAACAGUUAGCCUACCACCAGCUCCAGUCUUACCUAAUCCGCAGUACCACUCUUCUCCGGUGUUCAAUCCUCAAAGCUCUAGUAGGCCACCUCGUGGAGGCAUUUGUUUCCAAUCGCAUCCAUCUCCGGUGCAAAAUCGGGCGAAUCAAGAUAUUCCCCUCGCAAAUCCCCUACAAUGGACUGGAUUUGGUAAUGACUCAACAAUGCUUAACAGAAGCCAAAUUGCUGCUCGUCAGGCCGUGUCAAAGGAGCUACCGGAAUAUAACGGCGACCCGGAACAAUGGCCUUUAUUUUACGGCACCUUGGAGAGCACAACGCGAAUCUGUGGGUAUACCGCGGAAGAAAACAUGAUGAGAUUGCAGAAGUGCUUAAAAGGAAAGGCGCUCGAAGCGGUACGUUAUCAGUUGCUUCACCCAGGAAACCUCGACAGUGUUAUAGCAACUUUAAAAAUGCUUUUUGGUCGACCAGAAAUAAUCGUCCACUCGCUUGUUCAAAAGAUACAUUCUCUACCGGCACCGAAGCCCGAUAAGUUAAAUACGCUGAUCGACUUUGCCAUAGCCGUUAGGAAUAUGGUCGCAACGGUUCAAAACUGCAACCUAGACGAGCAUCUUUGCAAUAUUUCUCUUCUACAGAGUCUUGUAGAUCGCCUACCGCCCAUGAUACGCUUGAAUUGGGCGACCCAUCGACAAGGAUUGUUUCGUGUCACCCUGACAGAAUUCAGCACGUGGCUGUACACGCUCGCCGAGGCGGCGAGUACUGUAACUAUACCUCAAAUUCAGAACGAUCAGGAGAAAGCGCGACGUGUACGAAGAGAUGACGGGUUUCUGAACACUCACACUGAGACUAACCUGAAAUCACGUGAAUUCAAACCAAAACUGACAGCUAGUUCCAGUGGAUGCAUAAUUUGCCAAGGAGGCUGCGAAAGCGUAGGUGAUUGCAAGCAGUUUUUAAUCCUGGACCAUCCUUCACGAUGGAAUCUAGUCCGUGAGUACAGACUAUGCCGAAGUUGUCUCGCGAAGCAUCAAGGACCGUGCAAGUCGACCAGGACCUGUGGGAAAUAUGGAUGCACCUUUAAGCACCACAGACUGCUGCACAAUGAUGCCAAGGACAACCGAUCAAUGAUUCCUGCUACAAGUACGGCUGCGAGAUGUCAGGAAAGCGAAAGCAAUCAUGCCGAGCACAGCGAUGCUGCACACAACUGUAACACUCAUCAAGCAAACAGCAAACCUGUUCUAUUCCAGUACGUCCCGGUUACGCUUCAUAACCGAGGAAUAAAGAUUCGAACCUACGCUUUCCUGGAUCUUGGAUCUUCGGUAACACUAUUGGAGGAGAAACUAGCGUCCGAGCUGCGUCUGGAAGGACAGAAUUAUCCAUUAUGUCUUCGCUGGACGGGCGAUGCUUGCCGGUAUGAAGAUUCAGCCAAAAUCGUUGCUCUGGACGUUUCCGGGCCACGCGCAGAAUCAAGCAAACACCGACUUGCUGAAGUAUUCACCGUUAAGGAAUUGCAGCUACCCCAUCAAUCUCUUUCGUUCAAAGACCUGGCGACAAAGUACGAUCACCUACAGGGAAUACCGGUAGAAUCUUAUUCAGAUGUUCAGCCACGAAUCCUGAUCGGGAUGAACAACGCUAGACUAGUUCACCCCCUGGAAAGUCGGGAAGGAGCCGAACACGAACCCAUUGCAGCCAAAACGAGAUUGGGGUGGAUGGUGUUUGGAACAUGCUCUUCAGGAGGACGAUCUAGCUCAACGUCGAUUCCACAUAGCUUCCACGUUUGCCACCACGUAAAUGACGUUGAAUUAAACACUGCGGUAAAAAACUAUUUCGCAUUGGAAAACUUAGGGGUUUCGAAGCCGGAAAGAUUACUCCUCUCGUCCGAAGAUGAACGUGCCAUGAAGAUGAUGCGAUCUAUAACAACGUUUGAUAAUGGAAGAUACUGUACUGGAUUGCUGUGGAAGUAUGAUGAUGUCAAACUUCCCGAUAGCAAGCCUAUGGCUCUCCGACGUCAUACCUGUCUGAUGAAGAGGAUGCAGCGGGACUCUGAUUUAGCUGCAACGUUGACUAACAAGAUGGACGAGUAUAUGGAAAAAGGUUACGUUCGAAAAAUUUCCCCGGAAGAACAACAAAAUCCAGGUGGUCGUGUAUGGUACUUACCAAUGUUUCCCGUAUACAACCCGAACAAACCUAACAAGGUUCGAAUCGUUUGGGAUGCGGCAGCGACCACAGCAGGGACCUCUCUCAAUGAUGUUCUCAUGAAGGGGCCGGACCAGCUUAAUGCUUUACCGUUUGUGCUGUAUAGAUUCCGUGAGAAACGUAUUGCUAUUUCUGGCGAUAUCGCUGAAAUGUUCCUUCGCAUCCGAAUGAACGAAAACGACCAACAAUGCCAGCGUAUUUUCUGGUGCAGUCAAGAUGGCACGAUCGGUGAGUACAUAGUGACGGUAAUGACCUUCGGCGCCAAAUGUUCUCCUAGUUGCGCGCAGUUCGUGGUUAAAGAAAACGCUACUCGUUUUCAAUCGGAAUUUCCGGAAGCCGUAGAAGUUAUUGAGAAGGGACAUUAUGUCGACGACAUGCUAGCGAGCGUUGAUACGGAAGAAGAUGCUAUAAAGCUAGCGAGGGACGUACGCCAUAUACAUCAGCAGGGAGGUUUUAUGAUGAGAAAUUGGAUCUCCAACUCACCGAAGGUGGUACAGGCGCUAGGAGAAACCGUAACAACGGAGAAGAACCUGGACGUGAACAAAGAAGCGAUCCUAGAAAAGGUCCUAGGCAUGUGGUGGGAUACCAAAUCAGAUACAUUCCGCUACAAGCUAUCCACCGAGCGAAAUCAGCAAUUGCUCACAGGCCAAAAACAUCCCACUAAACGGGACGUCCUGCGUAUAUUGAUGUCGGUCUACGACCCCCUUGGCCUGUUAUCUAACUACAUGAUACUCUUGAAAUUGCUUUUCCAAGAAAUUUGGCGAGAAGGCAUUUCAUGGGACGACGAAAUUGGCGAGAGGCAAAUGGAAAAAUGGAAUCACUGGCUAGGUCUACUUCCCGCGGCUGAAUCCGUACGAAUCCCUCGAUGUUACCACCAGUCCCCAUCCAGAGGGACUGAAAGGACCGUGGAGAUCCAUACUUUUGUUGACGCCAGCGAGCUCGGAUAUGCCGCCGUUUGUUACUUUCGGUUCACUGAAGGAGAACAAAUCUCAUGCUCGCUGGUAGGAUCUAAAAGUCGAGUUGCGCCGAUCAAAUUUGUGUCGAUUCCACGCUUGGAACUCCAGGCAGCAGUCGUAGGUUCGCGGUUAGCAAAAAGCAUCGAAGAGGGGCAUUCCAUUAAAAUCACCAGACGGUACUUUUGGACGGACGCACGUGACGUUAUGUGUUGGCUAAAAUCAGACCACAGGAAGUACUCGCAGUUUGUCGCCUUUCGUGUUGGUGAAAUAUUAGAAGCAACUGAAUUAUCGGAGUGGCAGUGGUUGCCAGGUAAAACUAACGUGGCCGAUGAGGGCACAAAAUGGAAUGAUCAUCCAAGCUUCGAUGUACAGUCUCGGUGGUACUCUGGACCUCCUUUCCUAUCAAGGCCGAAAGAGGAUUGGCCAAGCACAUCGUUCAACCAAGAAACCGUUGAAGAGCUGCGGCCAACGUUACUUCACCACUAUAUCAAUGAAGGGAACGAUAUGCUGCGACCUGAAAACUAUUCAAAUUGGAAUCGUCUACAACGAAUGUCUGCUUUAGUCCUGCGGUUUCCUGCUAACAUCAGACGAAAAAUGAAGGAUGUGCCACUUCUUCGAGGACCGCUAACUAGCGAAGAGCUAGCAGAAGCGCAAACCUUUCUCUACAAGCGUGCUCAAUGGGAAUGCUAUGGCAUCGAGAUGACAACGCUGUCCCGCCACGAGAAUCCAAUAGGAAAGUCAACUUUACCCAGGACAAACUCCCUCUACAAAUUAAGCCCGUCUCUCGACAUCACCGGAUUGCUGCGUAUACAUAGUCGCAUCGAUGCAUGUGACUUUGCCGGUGAAAACACGCAAUUUCCAAUAGUUCUGCCUCGAAGUCACCCCCUUACCAAGUUAGUGCUGCAAGAUAUCCACGAAAAAUACCACCAUCAAUGCAACGAAACGUUCGUCAACGAAGUGCGACGAAAGUUUUACAUACCGAAAGUGCGUGUCGAGUGUAAUAGAGUUCGCAGAGAAUGUCAACGGUGUAAAAUUCGCCGAGCCAAACCGGAUCCUCCAAUGAUGGCCAACUUACCAAAGGAAAGGUUGGCGGCUUACGUGCGCCCGUUUUCGUAUGUGGGCGUUGAUUAUUUUGGGCCCUAUCAGGUUACAGUUAGACGACGGCCUGAGAAACGGUGGGGAGUAUUGGUGACCUGCUUGACGACUAGGGCCAUUCAUAUUGAAAUUGCCAACUCGCUGUCUACAGAUUCGUGCAUAAUGGCCUUGAACAACUGUUUUGGUAGAAGAGGAACUCCGAUACAAAUAAUAAGUGACCGCGGUACCAACUUUGUGGGGGCAUCCAAGGAGUUGAAGGAAGCACAAGCUCUGAUCGAUAACCAUAAGUUGGCGUCGGAAUUCACAACACCUUCCACAACUUGGAGAUUCAACCCCCCUGCCUCCCCUCAUAUGGGUGGCUCGUGGGAGCGACUAAUACAGACUGUGAAGCGGAUCUUGUCAGAAAUGAAACUGAAUCAUUCACCCACCGACGAAGUUUUAAGAAGUUCAAUGAUUAAAAUAGAAAAUAUCGUGAACAGCAGGCCUUUAACUCAUGUCCCUAUCGACGAUGAGUCAUCACCGGCCUUAACACCGAACCAUUUUUUGGUCGGCUCGUCGAAUGGUUCAAAACCACUUGUACCCUAUAGUGACAGUGCUAAGGCCGUGAAACACUCAUGGCAGACUUCAGACAUCCUAGCAAACUAUUUUUGGAAACGAUGGGUCAACGAAUAUGCUCCGGAAAUCACCCGCAGGACUAAAUGGUUUAGCCCUGCGAAGCCGAUUGCUGUGGGAGAUGUCGUUAUCAUCGUGGACUCCGCUUUUCCGAGAAAUUGCUGGCCCAAAGGCCGAGUGAUAGCAAUCAACACUUCGAAGGAUGGUCAGGUACGAUCAGCGACGGUUCAAACCAUUACCGGAAUUUACGAGCGACCGGUAGUCAAACUGGCAGUGCUGGACAUUGCAGGUAACGGAAGCAUGCUGGACCAGGGUCCACCUGCUGGGGGGGACUGUUGCGAACACCCCUCUAGUUGUGUCGCAUCUGCUGCCCAGCGCCCUGCACAUUCGGUCGGAGUGACAUCUAUGUCAUAGGACGGAGUGACAGAUUUGGAAGUGUCAACGAAUAAGGGUUAAACAAUAAGAUCUUUGAAGCGUGAGGUCGCGAUAUUGAAUUCGAUUUAUAUUUUUCGUUUGAUUUUGUUGAAUUUGUUAUUAUUUAACCUAUUAGUUAUCAUUAAGCGUUAAUUCAACUAUCAGGUGAGAACUUUGUGCAAAACUAGACUGAAAUCGCCCAUAAUAAUCAGAUUUGUUCCUAGAGUCGCAUGUGAGGUUAUCGAACGAAACUGGUCCGUCACCGCAGUUGUUAUUGACUAUAAGGUAAAUUUGCAAUUACUAAAUCUUGCGUUUUCUAAAGAAAAUUGUUCAAUUAGGCCAGCGAUAUUUUACCUUACACGAUCUUUGAUAACACUGAGCAGCGAGACGUUAAAUCAAUCAUUACACGCAUAAAACGUGAGUAAACAUACAGUUAACAACAUAACCAAAUUCCUAAUCAUGAGUCUGUAAUUGUAGGAAACUUUAACGUUACACGAAUAAAUACGUUAUAAAGUUCGUGACGCCUUUUGAUUCUGUUGCUACGACAACAUAG